CGGCCAACGACUCCAGACUCUCCGCAUCGCUUCUGCUGUCCUUUUGCUUCAACAUUGCUGUCAUUGCAAUCCACGACUCCGAUUCUCCAUCGCUUUAGUGACGACAUUUAUCAGGAGAAAGUCGGCGCUUAUUGAAGCUCGACCCCGUUAUAUCUCUCGACAUUUAAUCGACCCAGUCUUCCGCCAUGGUCCUCCAGGAUCUUGGGCGGCGAAUCAACGCCGCUGUCAAUGACUUGACACGAUCCAACAAUCUCGAUGAAAAGGCGUUUGAUGAUAUGUUGAAAGAGAUCUGCGCCGCUUUGCUGUCGGCAGACGUCAAUGUUCGCCUCGUCCAGACACUUCGCAAAUCUAUCAAGUCCGGCGUGAAUUUUGCCAACCUUCCUCCAGCCGUGAACAAGAAGCGGACGAUCCAGAAGGCUGUCUUUGAUGAGUUGGUGUCGCUGGUCGAUCCUCAUGCUGAAUCGUUCCGUCCCAAGAAAGGCCGGUCCAAUGUGAUCAUGUUUGUGGGUUUGCAAGGUGCGGGCAAGACCACCACCUGUACCAAAUUGGCCCGGCACUAUCAGACUCGUGGUUUCAAGACAGCCCUCGUUUGUGCCGAUACCUUCCGUGCUGGUGCGUUUGACCAGCUGAAGCAAAAUGCCACCAAGGCCAAAAUUCCAUACUACGGUAGCUUGACCCAGACAGACCCCGCCGUUGUGGCAGCGGAAGGUGUCGCCAAAUUCAAGAAGGAAAGAUUUGAGAUUAUUAUUGUGGAUACCAGUGGUCGGCACAAGCAGGAAGAGGACCUCUUCACUGAAAUGACGCAGAUUCAGACUGCCGUGACCCCAGACCAAACCAUCCUUGUACUGGACAGCACCAUCGGUCAGGCAGCUGAGGCACAGUCUGCUGCUUUCAAGACGACCGCGGACUUUGGAGCCAUCAUCAUCACCAAGACGGACGGACAUGCAGCUGGAGGAGGUGCCAUCUCUGCCGUCGCGGCAACGCACACCCCGAUUAUCUACCUGGGUACUGGUGAACACUUGAUGGACCUGGAGCGCUUUGAUCCCAAGGCUUUUAUCCAAAAGCUGUUGGGAAUGGGUGACAUGGCUGGUCUUGUUGAACAUGUGCAAGCUGUGACUAAGGACUCUGCAGCGGCCAAAGAGACGUACAAGCACAUCUCGGAGGGAAUCUACACGAUUCGGGAUUUCCGUGAAAACAUCACCUCCAUAAUGAAAAUGGGCCCUCUUUCCAAAUUGUCAGGCAUGAUCCCCGGUCUCUCCAACCUGACGGCUGGGUUGGACGACGAGGACGGCUCGCUCAAGCUCCGCCGUAUGAUCUACAUCUUCGACAGCAUGACAGCUGCCGAGCUGGACGGUGACGGAAAGGUCUUCGUGGAACACCCCAGCCGUAUGGUUCGCAUCGCAUGUGGUAGCGGUACGACUGUCCGCGAGGUUGAGGACCUGCUGUCGCAGCACCGUAUGAUGGCCGGCAUGGCCAAGCGGGUCGGUGGUCAGAAGAAGCAGAUGCAGCGCGCCCAGAACAUGCUCAAGGGUGGCAACAAAGAACAACAGAUGGCGGCUAUGCAAAAGCGCAUGGCAGCCAUGGGCGGUGGAGGAGGCAUGCCUGGUAUGCCUGGUAUGCCCGGCAUGGGCGAUAUGUCCAAGAUGAUGCAGAUGCUUCAGGGACAAGGUGGUGGUGGUGGUGGUGGUGGCGGCCUGCCUGGCUUGGGAGGCAUGGACUUGCAGAGCAUGAUGAGCCAGAUGAGUGGGUUGAUGGGUGGUGGUGGUGGACGAGGCAGAGGUCGGUAAUGGCUUGCCACGGCUUUUUCUACAUUUUCUUCUGUUACUUUGAUAUCACUCAUGUCCAUGCCCAGACGCAUAUCUGACCUGACUGAAUGGUUUAUGGUUGUUGAUUGUAGCAUUUGGAUGGUGUUUGGCGCUUUUUUUUUUUUUUUGGGUGUGCUUUUUCUCGAUUCGUUUACAUUCAACAAUCUUAUUCUGGAGAUGCUUGUCAAAUUAUUACUUUAAAGAUGAAUAUAUAACUUUAGUAUCUCCUAGGGGAGUGUAGACAAAAAUCUGAUUUGCUUGGAGUUUCUACAAUCUACAGAAUAGCAAUGAACAU